UCUCUGUAAUCUUUCUCAAUUUAAUUUCUCCGAGCUGCUCUACUCUCUUUGUCUCCUCCACCAUCACUCUUUCCUCCAUGCUUCUCCACUGCAACGUAAGCUAUACCUCAACGUUUUCCCUCGUCUCCUCCUCUCUCCGCCGUCAGGACCAUCCCGACGAAUCGCAAGAUACAGUAAUCCGUCGCCGGCACAAUGUGAGAUCACUCUCUCUGUUUGUACGCCAUAAUCGAGACCUGAAGCUCGAUAAAAACACUAACGAAUCCCCCGACACCUUCGUUCCGCCGCGGCGAGAUGUAGAAGGUGAAGACCGAUCGAAGCUGCUCGAGCUCUCCCUCGUAACCAGAAGAACUCCACAGUUCCCCGGCUCAAUCUACGCACAAUCUGCCUCCGAUGUUGAUGUUGCCUCCUCGCUUCCUUCGCUCCGCAAAUUUCUCGGUUCUGAUGGCGAUGACGACGGUGCGAGCGAGAGGGAGAUGAUUGCUAAGGCGCUGGAGAUCAGGCGGAAAGUGACGAAGGAGAUUAUCAAAGAAUCCUUAGUGAGGAAAGGUAGAUUUGGAAUCACUUACGCGACUAAUGUGACUGAUCGUCUUGGUGAUUUCGUUGAUCAUGUGAUGAUCGAAGCUGCGGCGUUGAAGCGGAUGCCGGAAUAUUCAGAUUCCAGGUUUAACCUUCGCGCCAGGACGGUCAUAGAGGACUCCAAUUUCGUUCCUCUUGUAAGGUGGUUGAAGCACCAUGAGUUUUCAUAUAAUAGAAUUGGGAAGAUCAUAUGCAUGUCUAAAGGAAAUCUUGACUCCAUAAGAAUCAUGAUCGAGUGGCUCAAAACCAUUCAUGUGAAGGGUGAAUUCAUUGGAGUUGCGUUCUUGAGAUCCGGGGGCAACCUCUUGCAACGAAGCCGUGAAGAACUCGACGAGAUUGUUGAGUAUCUAGAGAGCAACGGUGUGAGGAGGGAUUGGAUGGGAUUUGUGGUUGGCCGAUGUCCCGAGUUGCUCUCUUUCAGCAUGGAAGAAGUCAAAAGCCGUGUUGGUUUCUUCUUGAAAAUGGGUAUGAAUCAGAAUGACUUUGGCACAAUGGUCUUCGAUUAUCCAAAGAUACUCGGGUUCUUUUCGUUCGAAGAGAUGGAGAGAAAGAUCAGUUACCUGAAAGAGUUUGGGCUUAGCACAGAGGAUGUUGGGAGACUAUUAGCAUUCAAGCCACACCUCAUGGGAUGCAGUAUCGAAGAAAGAUGGAAGCCUCUAAUCAAAUAUUUCUACUACCUUGGAAUCUCCAAAGAAGGAAUGAAAAGAAUCCUUGUCGUGAAACCGAUUCUUUACUGCAUUGAUUUGGAGAAGUCAAUCGCACCAAAGGUGAGAUUUUUCCAGGACAUGGGUAUCCCUAAUGAGGCCAUUGGAAACAUGUUAGUAAAGUUUCCUUCAUUACUAACAUACAGUCUCUACAAGAAAAUCCGACCUGUGGUGAUUUUUCUGUUAACCAGAGCCGGAGUAAGCCAGAAGGAUAUCGGCAAAGUUAUUGCAUUGGAUCCAGCUCUCCUUGGAUGCAGCAUAGGGACGAAGCUAGAACUCAACAUGAGAUACUAUGCAUCAUUAGGAAUCCGCAUUGAUCAACUAGGCGAAAUGAUUGCUGACUUCCCGAUGCUGCUUAGAUAUAACGUUGAUAUCCUGCGUCCAAAGUACCGUUACUUGCGAAGAACAAUGAUCCGUCCGCUUCAAGAUCUUAUUGAGUUUCCCAGAUUCUUUAGCUACUCGCUGGAGCGUCGGAUAAUCCCAAGGCACACCAUUAUGGUUGAGAACAGAGUAAACUUCAAGCUCAGGCACAUGUUGGCCUGUACGGACGAAGAGUUUGAGAGGAGAGUGAGAGAGAAAGUGGAGAGAAGAGAGAGAUUCGAAGCUGGUCUUGACUCUGAGGAUUCUCUGCCGUCCAAUGAGGAGAUUGAGUUCUCCGACUCUCCGGAAGAAGAGGACGAAUAAUCUUAAGCAAUAGUUCGUACCAUGAAAGCUGUGCAUAGCCACGAACUGUACAUUUAAGACAUAAUUAUAACCAAACGAAUGUGUGUGAAUUAGUCUGUCUUAAUAAAUACUAAAACGAGAAUCUUCAUUCUUUAAUUGUAUAAAGGGUAAGUGAAUAUAAUCUUCAAUUCAUAUAUCUCGUCACCAAUUUAAAUGGAUAGUUUUACAAAUUUAUGGUAACA